AUUGAGGGGAACAGUUAAGCAGUCGUUAUUAGUCCUAUAAAAGGUGGCAGUGGCACGGAAGAGUUGAACAAAAGUUGGAUGGAUUUUGAUCAUGACGCUCCUCUGCUUCUCAACUCCCCCUAUUUUCACCAACAAAAGCAAUUGUUUAAGCUAAGCAUGGAGCUCCAAGAAACCAGGGUCCGAGCAGACCAAGACCUCAAAUCACGCGACGCCCAAAUCCUCCGUCUCAAGGAGCUCCUCGCCGCCGCCAUUAAAGAACGCGACGAAGCUCGAGAAAACUGCAAGAAGAUACUGUUGGAGAAGAUCCUGGUCCACCAAUCAGCCCCCAAUUCAGUAAUCUCCAGCAUCGAAGACGAGCCCGCUAAAGGGAUCGACGGAUUGUCCUCCUCCGACUGCGAGGAGAGCAUCGCUUCCUCGCCCGACAGAAUGCCCGUGGAGUUGAUCAAAGGCCCGUUGCCGGAAAAGGGGAAGCUGCUGCAGGCGGUUGUGAAAGCAGGGCCGUUGCUCCAGACACUCCUCCUCGCCGGCCCUCUCCCGCAGUGGCGCCACCCUCCGCCGGUGGUCGACCCCUAUCAGAUUCCGCCGCCGCCGUCCCCGCAUUGGGCGGGCAGAAAACGGGGUCUGCCCGAGGUCUAUAACUGGUGAAUUGCAACUUGCAACAGGCAGAGAGUCUUGUCGUUGAAAUUGGUAGUCAAGAUUGGGGAGUGGAAGUGAUUAGAUUUUGGAAGGGGAACAGUGAAACACCAAUUGGGGCAGCAGUUUUAGUUGGGGGGUCUCUUUCUACUUUCUAUGCAUAAUUAUUAGGCCGUUAAAUCCUUGUUAUUUUUAGUAGACACCUACCCAAGCUUUUUAGAUAUGUAUAUUGUUCGUUUCUCAUGAUAAAAUUGUACUCCUAAUUUAGGGAAUGUUCAUUCUUUCUCUCAUUAA